CGCGCACGCGCACGCGCACACUCGUGUUCUCAUGCUCUGAUCAGUCAGAGUUAAACUGGAGUCUCGUCCGUCCACACUGAGAGGCUUCACUAUGAACAAACAGAUUAUUUACUAACAGCCUGUGCAGCUCAGAGCAUCUGUUUUCAAAGAUUUUGAGAUGAAGAAGGACAUUGAUACGCUAAUAGCUGAAGAACGGGCUGAGAUCAUCGAAAAAUAUGAGAAGGGCAGGCAGGAGGGUGUGCACAUUAACCCCUGGGAGGAUGCAGACUACAGCAUCUUCAAGGUCACGGACCGCUUCGGUUUCCUGCAUGAAGAGGAACUGCCGAUACCAACCGCAGCGGAGGAGAAGUACAAACUCCAGGAGGUGGAAAGAGAGGAAAAAUGGGUUAAGAUGGUGAAAAAGUGGAACAAGUACCAUAGCAGUGAAAAGAUGAUGAAGCGGGUAUACAAGGGGAUUCCCUUGAAGCUGCGUGGUCAGGCCUGGGCUCUGCUGCUGGAUGUGGAAAAGGUGAAAGAGGCAAACUACAGGAAGUACGAGAAAAUGAAGGAACAAGCCAAGAAGUAUUCGACAGAAAUUAAGCAGAUUGAUCUGGAUGUCAACAGGACCUUUAGAAACCAUAUCAUGUUCAUGGAACGAUUUGGGGUCAAACAGCAAGCAUUGUUCAAUGUGCUGGCAGCAUAUUCAGUUUACAACACGGAAGUGAGCUACUGUCAGGGCAUGAGUCAGAUCGCUGCCAUUCUGCUCAUGUACAUGAAUGAGGAAGAUGCAUUCUGGGCCUUAUCACAGCUACUGACCAAUCAGAAACAUGCUAUGCAUGGAUUCUUCAUCCCAGGGUUUCCCAAACUCCACCGUUUUCAGGCUCAUCAUGACCAAAUACUGUCUAAACUCCUUCCCAAACUCAGGAAACACUUGGAUAAGGAACAGAUGUCCACUGGUAUCUACACAACCAAAUGGUUCCUUCAGUGUUUUAUUGACAGGACACCCUUCACACUCACCCUGCGCCUUUGGGACAUCUACAUAUUAGAAGGAGAAAAAGUUCUAACCGCCAUGGCCUAUACUCUCCUGAAAUUGCACAAAAAGCAUCUUCUGAAGAUGUCUUUGGAGGAGCUGAGGGAGUUUCUGCAGGAGAGUAUUGCUUCCUCCUUCAGCAUGAGCGAUGAUGUUGUUAUUGAGCACUUACAGUCAUCUAUGUCAGAACUCCGCAGAAUGAAGCUCGACCUCCCUCCUCCAGCCAAGGGAGAGGAGUUCCCGAAGAUACCCCUGGGUGAGGAGCGUCCAAUAGUACUGCUUCCAGUAAUCAAGACUGAGUGUGUUCCCUUACCACCAUCAGCACACAACAAUCAAACCUCAACCAAGCAUCAGACGGAAGACACCACCCACAAGCAGAGCAGCGAAAAACACAUCUUAACCUUAUCUUCCCCCUUUUCAAAGCACACCCACUCAACUUCCAACUCUUCACUGUCACAAGCUACACCUGAAAUGCCAGAGUCCACAGUGAAGAAUGAAGACAGCGCACCUGUACAAAGACAAGAUCACCUACUACGCCCAGAACCUGCACCUGUUUCGUUGAAGGAUGAAUGUGUUAGCAGGCCCCUAUCAGCGGUGUCAGAAGAUUGGCCUCCUCCUUACCAGCCACCCAUAACAGAUUCUUCCAGUAUCCACUCUUUGAAUCUCCCAGAAUUACCUCCUCCACCUCUUCCCAGUACUGAAGAAGGAGGAGUUGAGCUUUUACCUCUAGAAGAGGAUAUCCCAUUUUGCCUUCCUCCACCACCAAUUACUCAAUCUUUGGAUCUAAUCUUAGAAGACCCGUCUUCAUCACCUUCCUCAUAUAGAUCCUUUCGGCAGCUAAGCAAGUUUCCAGUUAACCUAUAUGUCCCGCCAUCAUCGGGUGACCGGAGACCUUCCAACACCUCAAAUUACGACAACGUCUCGGAAGAGGAGGAUCAGUCUGUAGAGAGGCUGUUGGAGAUGGCGGCCACAUUGCCGCAAAGCCCAAACUUGGGUCCCAUGAACACCACCCUUCCCUUUGCUCCAGAAGAUGCCAUGCCUCUUUCUCUACCGCCCCCAUCUAUGUUGUUCUACACGCCUGACUCUUCGCCACUCCCUCCACUUCCUCCAUGCAUUGAGGAGGCAAACAGUUGGGUGACUCCAGACUGCGUUUUUCCCCAACCACCAAUUGACUUUGCAGAUAAACCCUUCCGCGUAUCUCCAGUUCCGUGCAAUCAGGUGGUUCCAAACCAAACUGAACAAGAUCGGGGUCAGUCACAGCCCCCAAAACUACCACCCAAACAAUCACGACCCACAAUGCUCUCUCCUGAUUCAGACUUCUACCGAGUGCAUGUUCCAAGUCAUUAGUUGCUGGAAUCACGCUUACACGGCCAGUACCGUUGUUAGUGUGAACUGAAGGCAUGUUUUCAUCGUUUGGACUUUUGUGCUUUGAUGAUGUUAACUGAAUGUUUUUUAAUCUUGUAGAUGUUGCGAUGACUCUUAUGUUGCAGUGUUUGUUGUAUAUGGCAGAUCUAAACAGGAUGCUAGAAUGUGUGUUUUAUCAGUGUCAGGCAAAUUUGUUAUAUCGGAAUCCCCUUUUCAGAGAUGAAGCGCCUAGUUGUAGUGGUUAUCAGACUCAACAUUUAGCUAGUUGAGUAACCACCAGAGGCUCAUCAUGUGGUCAUCAAGUGAUAUCUUCAGUCAGUUUAGUAAUGGAGAGGUACUGAUAUUUCCACUGUUCACCACAGAAAAUGUGACAGUCCCCAUUAUUCUGUGUGUUGUUUUCUGUGGUGUUCUGGGAAAAUCACAUUCCUUGUAAGAUAUACAAGUACUACAGUGGCAGUAGAAAGGCAAAAAAAGAAUCAUGUUGACUGCAUUUUCCAUUUUCCUUUGACUUUUGUUUUGUUGGUUGGUUUUUUAACUUGGUGCAAUUUUUGUGUUGUUUGUUUCUUUUGAAACUGUAUUUUAAAAAUACACCUAAAGGAUGCAUAUCAUUAGUUUAGAAAUGUAAACAAGGAUCUUACCACAAGUUCCCUGAUUACAGUGAAAGGACAUUUUUCAGUGGUCUUAGAUUUGCUCGAAAAAAGGAAUUUCCCCCUCCAUUUUUAAAACCUAAGUGCUGUUUGUUGCCCUCUAGCGCCACCUUGUGGUAGAUAAAGCACAUCUUUGUUAAAAAUUAUAUAUUGGGAAAUACAGCCACCAUACUGAAUGUUAAAAUGAAGAGACUGUAUACUUAAGAUCAGUUUGUGGAUACAUUAUUGUGUAAUUGUAAAUAGAACAGGUCUGAUUUGCACUUUGUUGUUUGUAUUGAGAGCUUAUAAUAUUUAAUUGCGUUUAUAUUAUGCUUCUCAGGUUAAAUGGUCUUAAUGUUCAGUUUGUGCGUUGAAACUUUUAAACCCAUGCUCAGUUGACUUUGUACUUAAGAACUUGUUGCAACAGUGAGACAAUACAUGAAGUGGAGUGUUUAUUUUAAUAUUUACA